AUGCUUGACUCCACGACGCGGUCCCUCCCUUGCCCGCAGACGGCGCUUGACCCCGCCGGACGCCAGGGCCGCUUCAUCCCCUGGGCGACGACGGCCAGCCGCGGUGACUCGCCGCACCCCACCAUGGCCACGCUCACGCAGCGCGCCUCGCAGCUCGGGGACAUCCUACGCCGCGCGGCCAAGUUCCUGUCCGCCUUCGCCUCGGCCACGGAGGACGACGCCGCCAGCAACGAGGUGGACGUGGACGGGGCGCAGCGGAAGGAGGACCCGCAGGACCCGCAGGACCAGGUCGACGACGAGACUCCCGGCGGCGCGCUCGCCGGCCUCUACUCGGAGUGCCUGCUGCGCCUGUCCGUGCCCUGCGUGCAGCGCAAGCUGCUCCUCUUCCUGGACCGCCUGGGCCGCAUGGAGCGCUUCCGCCUCCUGGGCGACUUCCUGACGGUGGUGCGCGUCGAGCCCCGCCACGGGGAGGCCCGCCAGCACGUGCUGGACGAGGACGCCGACGUGACGGACCUGGCCGGCAUGGUGGACCGCCUGGUGGACGACUUCUUCGACACCCACGUGCUGCGCUUCUCGCUGCCCGGCACGCUGCGCGUCGGCCGCUCCCCGAAGACCACCGUCGACAUCCACCUGGACCGGCCCGGCGGCCACGACGACGACGACGAGGACGUCGUGGAGCAGGGCCGCGCCAUGUCGGGCCACCACCGCUACGGUGUCGUGGAGGGCAGGGGCUCCAUCCCCUCCAUCGGCGGCGGCGGCAACAGCAAGAAGAAGCAGAAGAUGAUCAAGAAGAUCAAGAAGAAGCUCAUGAAGCUGCUCAUGAUGCUCAUGUCCGUGAUGAUGGUCAUGGGUCCCAUGACGGGCGGCAUGGCGGGCAACACGGCGGGCUUGGCACUCAUGCUCGGCACGCUCGCCCUCAUCAUCCUCAAGGCCAUGAUCAUCAAGCAGAUGGGCGGCAGCGUGACGCAGCUGUUCGGCAACGUGGGCAACUCGUUCGGCAACCUGGCGGGCAUCCCCGGGCUGCCCGGCAACCAGGGCCAGGGCACCAACUACCUGCCGACGGGCACGGGCUCGGGGCCCUACUCCCGCAGCGACUACCAGCAGCCCUACCAGGCCUACCAGCCCUACACCACGUGGGCGGCCAGGUCCGCGGACGACUCCUGGUUCGGCGGCCUGGCCGACCCCAUGACCCUCGCCUACCGCGCCUACUCCAUCGCCACGCACCUCAAGUGAAAGAUGUCCCCCAAACAAAUAUUUUCACAAUACUGCUUGUCUCCGCUUUGAAUUGUCGUAGUCUGCCAAAGAUGAUACUAUCACUGGAAAAAGAACAGUCCCCGCCCAUACCCCAUGCACACGCGACGUCCGCUCGGGCAAGAGGUGUCUCCGGGCCGGUUCUUUUGCCACUGAGAAUAAACCCCCCGCCCCCUCAUCUGCUUAAUUAUUCCAACUGUCUGUGAUAUUGACGCGACAAAGUGGGACGCUCAAGUAUCCAUCAAACUAGCACAGCCAUGGUGCAACAUUGUAUGAAGGUUAUUUAUUUUAUUUUUAUAUUUAUU